AUGCCGGGGGAGGGUGAAGGAGGAUCGUCGAAGAUUGCGUCGCUGUUCGAGAGGCUGGUCUCCGCGAAGAUGGCGGCGGGCGGGACGGACGUCACUGCUGGGAUGGUGGACGUCACCUCCACGAUCGACGCCGCGUGCGCCGCGAUGGAGCCGGCCGAGAUGGUUCACGUCGAGGACUUCAGUCUCAGCCACGCGAUGUCUGCGCUCGAGAUCGGAUGCAAGAAGAUGGACCUUGGAUUGAUCGAACAGGACGAGAAAGACCAGAGCCCACUCAAGCUCGUCGCGGGCGGCGCAGCGCCCUCCAACCUGUCCCCCGAGCAGGUCGUCGGCGUGAUGAACGGGCUCCUGCGCGCGUACGCCACGUACCAGACGGGGCAGUCCCAGGCGCAGACGGUCGCGUGCUCGCUGUACCUGGCGUGCCCGGGUGAGGCAGGCUCCACGCCGUGCCUCGACGCCUUCUGCGCCGCGCUCGCGAACGCCAUCGACAAGACCAUCAACAUCUGCAUCGACGGCAACGUCGCGAUGGACGACGAGGUCCAGAUCCGCGACACCUCCGCGGGCCAGGUCAAGCCUGCCUGCUCCUCGGAGAGAGCACGCACCAUGGUCGCCGCCGCCGAGAAGCAGGCCGGCGCCAAAGGCUGCCCGGUGCAGCGCCAGAUCGCCCGCCGCCUCACCUUCGUCCGCGAGCUCCUCAGCGCGCUCGAGCACGGCCACAAGGCCACCCGCAAGUCGUUGCGCGAGGCCGCGCGGCAUGCCGACCGCGCCGGCGCCGCGCUGGCGGCCAUCGCCGAAGAAGACCCGCCCGCGCCGCCCGCCCAGGACGCGUCGCCGGCCGCCGACGGCGACCUCGGCGUCGGCUUCGUCCCCGACCUCGUCCCCCGCCACAAGUUGCCACUCCCGCGUCAGGUCAACAUCCUGACGUGGCAGGGCGCCCUCGAGGAGCUGCGGCGGCUGCUCGAGGCGCUGCGCCUCGCGUGCACCGUCGCGAACGUGGACCGCUGGGACAGCUUGCGCGAGCUCUUAUUCCGCGUGUCACGGCUGGGACCCACGCCACCAAUUCCACGCUCCGUUCUGCAUCUAGCGGCAGUGCCGAAGACGCAGCCAGCAGGGCACGCGCCCUCGCAGCAGCCGGACCGCUCCGCCGCGCCGUACCAGGCGUGCGCGCGGCUGUACCUCGAGGGCAUGGGCCUCCCGGAGUCCGCGGGCUCCAACCCGGCGUUCACGGAGCUGCUGGACCGCGCAGAGACGACGCUGCGCACGCACGUGCAGAUUCUGUGCCUGCAGCGGACGUGGUCGCAGCGGAAGCUCCGGCGGUACCUGGACGACUGGCGCCUGCUGUACGAGGAGGCCGAGAAGGCGGACGCGAGCGGGGCCAUGGGGCGGCUGCUGUCGGAGGGGAAAGCUGCAGGGCAGUGGGACCUGAGGGGGCAGGCCGGCGGGCAGCGGCCGGUGUGCUGCUGGGUCGAGCGCGAGGCGAGCCUGACGAUGGCAGAGCACCUCCUCGCCGGCCUGGAGUGCGAGCUGUAUGGCCAGAGGGAGUUUCAGAUGGUGUACUGGUAUCUGGACCGGCUGCUGACUAUCGGGGUGCAGAAUUCGCGCGCGCUGCACGACCGGCACGCGCUCCUCGCCGGAAAGAAGACGCCCCAGGCCGCGGCGGCGACCGCCGCUUCGAUCCGCGACCUCUGCAUCCUCGAAGCCCGGCAGUCGCUGUGCUCCUGCAUGACGCGCAUGUGCGCUGCGCUGCGCCUCUGCGGCCUCCUGCCGCCGGCCUUCGAGGGGCCCUUCAACAGCGAGGAGCAGUGGUUCGACCAGCGCUUCAUGUCGUUCCACUUCGUGCCCCGGCCGGAGCCGCUCGCGUACGCGGAUUACCUCGCGAGCACCGACACAGCAAACGUGUCGCCAGUGCAAAUGAUCACGUACACGAUGGACAACUUCACGAGCGCCGGGCGCGUGCUCCAGGUGGUCAAGGCCAACCCCGGCAACGCGCCCGCGCUGCCCGAGGACGUCGAGCGGAGCGUGGACGGGAUGGUGCGCGUGGUGCAGCAAAACCUGCUGGCGUGCAAGCUGCUGCUGGGUCUGGUGAGCGCGGGGACGCCGCCGAGGGAGCGCGGCAUGGUGGCGGAGCUCAAGCUCACCGGGGUGCACCCUCACUUCCCCGUGCUGUCGCUGUCGAGCUCGAAGAAGGGGAAAAAGUGA